CGUCUGGCUUUUUUGACGAUUCUGCUGCGAGUUACUACGUUGAUUCUGAUGAUGAGGUGCAAAUUAUCGACCCUCCUCCUUCAGCAGCUGAGCCUGUGAUGGUAGAAAAGCCGUUUUUAACUCUAAGGCAGAGGUCUCUCCCGUCAACUGCAUCGUCGUCAUCCUCCAGCACAACGCCUACCCUCACGGUGGAUUUUUUGAGAGCAGGGGGGAAGGUGGUACAUCCUGGCGUCAUGUCCUGCUUUCCGAGGAAGAAAUUCUCCGACCUUGAUAAGGAUGAGCUGAGAGAAUACAAACGGUUGUCGGCGCAGAGAUGCAAGCACAUCGCCAGUAACUCCACAAAUACUUGGAUUCCAGUCCUGGAACCUAAGUAUAAGAAAAAUGACGAUAUAGGGGUGCAUCCGGCCGUCCUGUCCUGUUUCCCAGGAAAGACAUACUCUAGCCUUGACGAGGUUGAAUUGAGAGAAUACAAUCGACUUGCCAAGCAGAGAUCGCGACAUGUUGUGGACAACCCCACAACGCCAUGGGUGCCCGUUUUGGAACAUGCGUACGAUAGAUACGACGAUACCGGGAUACAUCCGACAGUAAUGUCCUGUUUCCCAGGAAUGAGAUACGCCGAUCUCGAUGUCGUCCAACUUAGGGAAUACCGUCGGUUGACGGCGCAAAGAUCCAGGCACAUCGCCAGUAACCCCUCUACUCCAUGGAUUCCAGCUCUGAUGCGUCGCAUUUAUCAGCACAAGACAGAGUUCGACAAGAAAUUUGGCAAACUCGGAGUACUGCGUCCAGGAGAUGCACCAAGCCAAAAGUUGUUGGAGUAUCUCGGACUUGACCCCGACACGAGGUUUCUCAGUUCUGGAAUAAAUAUCAGCGUCAAUGACGAGACGACGGCCGAUGUCUCCCAAUACCCCGAUUAUGCCAAGAAGACUGAUGCCCAACUGCGGACCAAGUUUUUCUGGGACUAUGUCUGCGUGGGGGUGAAUUGGCCGGAGACGGUGACGAUGUCAAGGGCUGAAGUUGAAGCCCACAUCAUCAAGAACAAGGACGAUGGGACACGGGAGAUUCUCAUUUAUCUAGGGUUGAAUUCUCUAGAGAGAUCAUCGAAUAAAUACCAUCCCAAAUCUGGAACAAUGCACGACCUCAUCCUCCAAGGCUACAGAUUCUUCGAUGCAUGUUACAUUGAUUGUAACCUCGGGAACGUCCAUCAAACCACAGGGAGGACGAGUUGUUGGCAAUGGUUGUGGGGUCGGACACCCUCAUGCGCAGAAUCGAGGGAUUUGGCCAAGCAUUCGGCUUCAAAAUGAACAAGAAAAUCAACGAGCAAGUCGGGCUAAAGCAGCGAAUGUGUAACAAGAAAGUGGAGAAAUUAUCUGGGCAUGAUAGAUCUCUGGGAGAGAAGUUGGCGAACGAGGGAGUACGAUUCUUCGACUUCGGUAUUACAACCCCCGAUUCUUCUGCUCGUCCAGAUUUUCUCUUUGCUGGAAAUAUGCCUUUUCGUCUCAUUAGAGAAAUUAAAUUACAGUAAUCGUUAUAGAGAAUUUUUGUUUGUAAAAUUUUACUUGAUUGUUGUCUUAUCUUUAAUUCGAAAAUAAAAAUAAUAAU